CGGCAAAGUUGCCAGACGGAAUUUCUUCUGCAUUGUGCACACGGCCAAGAGCUGCUAAGGGAAGACCAGUCUGAAAGUUGAACACUUCCCUUUGAUAACUUUCUCUUGAAACAAUCGAGCCUGAUUGAUAGGCAAUUAGUGCGAGUAAACGCGACGGAGGCUGCGCCAUCCGAGGAGCCAACAACCGCUUGCACAUUAGCAGUCAACAUCAUCCCAGAGGUCCGUAGCCAAAGUGGCAUUAACCUAAUUGCCGCAAAAAAUAGUGCAAAGGACAACGAACGACCCCAGCCACAAACGGCAGCAGUGCAGUGCAACGUGUUGCAAUAAAAGUAAUUUACAUAAGCCAGGAUCAUCUACAGCUGUAUAUGAGGAUCUAAUAACGGACAAUGUAAGUGGAAGCCAGAACCUCUCAGCACACGUGGCCCACGUCGACUACGUCGAAUCUAAAUCUUAUACGCGAACGAAUUGAGUAGAAUUUGCUCCUUCAAGUCGUUUUGAGUCGACGCGAUAUAGACGCUACCCUGGCGACUUUUGACCACAACAAAGGAGUCACGCAAGGCAACGGCACGCAGAGAUUUGUGUCACAACAGACCACGAUAUAGAGAGCGAGCGAAGGAGACGCAGAGGGAGAGACAGAGACAGAGAGCCGAGGAAAGCAAAGAGAGCUUGAACGCAACUCUUGCUACACGGACAAUGUCCAACGAAGAGAACGACUACGGAGACGCUGUUGCUGGGGCUGGUGCUGGUACAGGCGCUGGUGCUAAUGUUGGUCAUGGAGAUGGCGAUGGUGAAGGCGAUGGUGAUGGCGACGGUGGCCUCGCAGCUGUUAAUGGCGAGCCCAUUCUCGGCGGCCAAACAAUGCCUCAAAUUAGUUCGAACUUACAACUCGAAGGAAACGUUUCGCCGACAUUCCCUCAGACGACAGCCCAGUUCGAUGAUAACGAUAACCUCGUAAAUAACAACAGCUCGCGCCUGGGUCGGAACAGCGAUAGUAACUGCAAUAGCCCUACUAAGAGUCCCACAAGUCGGCGUGCCGGCAGCUCAACAAGCUUUCAAAUACAUCUUCAGAAUGCCCAAUACGACGAGGAUGAUGACCUAGCAUCCGGGGACUUGCAGGGUAAUAGCAGUGCAGCACCGACUGUGGGUGGAGGUGGAGCUGCAGUCCGUGCCGCUGCCACUGCCGGUGGCUCCUCGCUCGAUUAUUGGUCCCAGCGCAACGGUAGAGUCAGCGGAUCAGCUGUAGGCUCGGGGGCAGGCACAGGCGCCCAGAGUCGUGCGCUUAGUCCCAGCUAUUUGGAUAACAUGAGUGAGAACUCAGAGCAGCCGCCAGUCGUGCCGCUAGUACGCUCCAAAUCGCGGCCAGAAAUCUCGAGUGCCGCGGCCUCCCGUUACUCGAAUCUAUCGUACUGGAAGGCUCGUCGCGUUGUGUUCUACCGUAAUGGCGACCCCUUCUUCCCGGGCGUUGAGUUGCGUUACCGUCCCGGCCGAGAUGUUACCUCGCUGGACAAUCUACUCGACAAAAUCUCUCCCAAAAUGGAUUUGCCACGCGGUGCACGCUACGUCUUUUCCAUGGAUGGCGACCGAAAGUACCACCUAGAUGAACUGGAGGACGGUGCAUUCUAUGUGGUCUCCUCAUUCAAGGUCUUCAAGCCCGCCAGCUACGGUAAAAAGAACGGCAUGUGGUACGCUUCGCCCGGAAAUCAGGGCUGGGGCUCGAAGCCCGCCAGUCGAAAGCCCUCAAUAAUGGAAGCGGAUUUGGGCACAUUAUCGACCACAUCGGGCUCUAUAAAGCGCAGUGCAGGUCGGGUGAUACGCAUCAUCAAUAAUUUGGAUCAUUCCGUUCAGUGUCGCGUUUUGCUUAACCUACGCACCUCGCAGCCGUUUGAGGAAGUGCUCGAGGAUUUGGGUCAAGUGCUGAAAAUUAACGGCGCUAAAAAAAUGUACACAGGUACUGGGCAGGAGGUUCGCAGUUUUUCGCAGCUACGCAAUGAGUUCGCCGACGUAGACACAUUCUAUUUGGCCACUGGGACGGCCUUGAUUGCUGGCUCGCCCAUUCGACGCUCACGCUCACGCCCUUCGGUGGUCGCUGCGGCCCCCAUACUCUCCACGGAGGAGCUGCCAAAGGUGCCGUUGCGUGGCACGCGACCUAGGAGCAAGAGCCGGCCCCGAAUCCUCUACGCCCCAGAGAGUGAGAUUCUUCGGCCGAACGGAGAGUACACCAUGCUGGACAUCAUGAAAGAGGAGCCCACAAAGGUAACCAUACGGGGUUUGAGGCGCACCUUCUAUCCCCCCGUGCACCAUGCACCGGCUGAAAACUCGCCCCCAGACAAAAAGCUACAGCUCCAGUGGGUACACGGCUACAGAGGAAUCGAUGCGCGCCGCAAUCUCUGGGUACUGCCAAGCGGAGAGCUGCUCUACUACGUAGCUGCCGUGGCCGUGCUAUUCGAUCGCGACGAGGAUGCACAGCGCCACUACAUAGGCCACACGGAGGACAUCAUGUGCAUGGACGUGCAUCCGUCUCGGGAAUUGGUGGCAUCGGGUCAAAAGGCUGGCCGCGAUCGUAAGUCUCAAGCACAUGUCCGCAUUUGGAGCACCGAGUCACUGCAGACCCUCUACGUCUUCGGCAUGGGCGAAUUGGAUACGGGAGUUACCGCAGUAGCAUUCUCCCAAUUGAAUGGAGGCAGCUAUAUACUGGCCGUGGACAGCGGUCGCGAGAGCAUCCUGUCCGUCUGGCAAUGGCAAUGGGGCCACCUGCUGGGCAAAGUGGCCACCCUGCAGGAAGGCCUCUCGGGCGCUGCUUUCCACCCCCUGGAUGAUAAUCUCAUCAUCACCCAUGGCCGCGGUCAUUUGGCCUUCUGGCACCGGCGUAAGGAUGGUUUCUUUGAGCGCACUGAUAUUGUGAAGCAGCCGUCGCGCUCCCACGUUACCAGCGUGCAAUUCGAGCCGGAUGGCGAUGUGAUUACCGCCGAUUCUGAUGGUUUCAUUACCAUAUACUCCGUGGACUCCGAUGGCGCAUACUUUGUGCGCACCGAGUUUGAGGCCCACAAUAAGGGCAUCGGCUGCCUGAUUAUGCUGGGCGAGGGAACUUUGCUGUCAGGUGGCGAAAAGGAUCGCAAAAUUGCAGCUUGGGACUCGCUGCAAAAUUACAAAAAAAUUGCGGACACAAAGCUACCCGAAGCGGCCGGUGGAGUGAGGACAAUUUAUCCCCAGCGACCAGGCCGAAAUGAUGGCAACAUCUACGUGGGAACGACCAGAAACAACAUCUUAGAGGGCUCGUUGCAACGGCGCUUCACGCAGGUUGUCUUCGGCCACGGCAGACAGCUUUGGGGCCUCGCCGCCCACCCCGAGGACGAGCUUUAUGCCACGGCCGGCCAUGACAAGCACGUGGCGCUCUGGCGCAAGAACAAACUCAUUUGGACCAUACAAACGGGCUAUGAGUGCGUGGCACUGGCCUUCCACCCGUUUGGCACGGCACUGGCUGCUGGCAGCACCGAAGGCCACCUGCUGGUCAUCAACUGCGACAACGGAGCAGUUAUGUUAACGCUGCGUGUAUGCGGCUCACCUUUGAACUGCGUGUCAUUUAACCAGGUCGGUGACAUGAUUGCCAUGGGCUCGCAAAAUGGAAGCAUUUACCUGUUCCGUGUCUCGCGCGAUGGGUUCUCCUACAAGAAAGUCAACAAGAUACGCGGCUCCCAGCCACUGACGCAUCUGGACUGGAGCAUGGACGGGAACUUCGUGCAGACAGUGACCAUUGACUUCGAUCUGCUGUUCUGGGAUGCGAAGUCUCUGUCCCCGGAGCGAAGUCCCAUUGCCAUGAAAGAUGUUAAGUGGCUAACGAACAAUUGCACCGUGGGCUUCCUGGUGGCUGGUCAAUGGAGCAAUCGCUACUACGGCAACGCCAACACCAUCAUAGCCACCUGCUGUCGCUCCGCGGCUCACGAUAUGCUCGCAUCGGGCGAUGCGGAGGGAUACCUGCGGCUGUUCAGAUAUCCGUGCAUCUCACCGCGCGCCGAGUUUCACGAGUGCAAGGUUUACUCCGGCAUGCUGGCCUGCGUGCGUUUCCUGUGCGGGGAUCACACGCUCAUCACUGUGGGCGGAACAGACGCUUCGCUCAUGGUGUGGGACAUUGUUGAGGAAUAGCUGAAAUGGCCACCGUGGCGCUCUGCUGCACAACCCGAAUCGCGGUAUCAGGACUACUGGCAUAGACGCAUCUCGGAAGUGUCCUCGACGUUGCUGGACAGCGACUCCGUCGACUAUCAGUAGCGUGAAUUGAGAUUGUGUAGAUCCCCUUGCUUCUUAAUAUGAAAGAUAACAAUUGGUCAUUAUCACAUUGGCUUACUAUAAUAGAUAAAUCGAAUAUUGAAUAACGAGAAUAUAAGAAAACAGUACACAUAUUUACGUUUCCA